ACGGAGAAAAAAGAGAGACAAUUAUUUGAGUGAGUUCUUUGAGAGAGACAAUGAUCACCAAAUUUCAGAAAAUCUGAAUUCCAACAAAUAUUUUUUUAGUAUACAAUCUGAUUCGACUAACCGAGAAUAUAUUAAAAAAUAAAAUGAAUUCAAGUUCUGUAAAUACAGUUUCAGAAUGGAAGUUUUCUCAAGUUUUUGGUGAAAGAACUCCUGGAGAAGAAGUUCAAGAUGUUGAUGUUAUAUCAACAAUUGAUUUUGAGAAGAAAGGAGAUUAUCUUGCAACCGGUGAUAAAGGUGGUCGUGUUGUCAUCUUCGAAAGGACUGAUAGGUUAGACUCUCGUAAUCGGAAGAAGUUGGAAUGCUUGGAUCAUGGUUUUUUAAAGCAGCAGCCUGAUUAUCGGUAUAAGACCGAGUUUCAAAGUCACGAGCCGGAGUUCGAUUAUUUGAAGAGUUUGGAAAUUGAAGAGAAGAUAAAUAAAGUAAGAUGGUGUACCACGUCAAACGGUUCAUUGUUUCUUCUUUCCUCAAAUGACAAAACAAUUAAGAUGUGGAUGGUGAAAGAACGAAAAGUAAAGAAAGUAAAAGAGAUGGAUCAAAAUCCCUCGUUAUGUAUGGAAAAUGCACUACUUGCGGAGAAGAACUUCGCAGUGGAACAGCAUGAAGCAUCUGUUUCUAAUGGCUAUCGUUUGGAAUGGACUGAUAAAGUCGGUACCAAAACAUCCCCGAAUUCUCAGGAAAGUGUCCACAAGUUUGGAGAGACUUCGCCUGCAAGAUGUCGGAGGGUGUAUAAUCACGCUCAUGAUUACAAUUUAAACUCUAUUUCAACUAAUACUGAUGGGGAAACCUUCAUUUCUGCUGACGACUUGAGAAUAAAUUUGUGGAAUCUGGAGAUAACUGAUCAGUGUUUCAACAUCAUUGACAUGAAGCCAUCCAACAUGGAAGACCUCACAGAGGUGAUAACAUCAGCCGAGUUUCAUCCAGUUCACUGUAACAUCUUAGCAUAUAGCAGCUCGAGAGGUUUUAUUCGACUCGUUGACAUGAGGCGAUCAGCGUUAUGUGAUCAAAACGCGAGAAUAUUACACGACAGUGAAGCUCAUGGAUCAAAAACGUUUUUCACCGAAAUAGUCGCUUCCAUUUCUGAUAUAAAGUUUGCGAGUGAUGGAAGACACAUCUUAAGUCGGGAUUACAUGAAUCUAAAGCUCUGGGACUUGCGUAUGGAAGCAUCUCCGGUUGUGGUUUUUAAAACUCACGAGUACCUCCGCCCUAAGUUGUGCGAUUUAUAUAACAAUGAUUCAAUUUUUGACAAAUUUGAGUGCUGCCUAAGUGGAGAUGGGAGUCAAUUCGCAACCGGAUCUUACAGCAAUCAAUUUCGAAUUUUCGCUCAUGGAGAUGGAAGUGGCGAAGGAAUCACGUUGGAAGCUAGCAAAAUUCCAAACUCCAAGAAGCAGCAUAUCCAGACAUCACGACCUAGACGGACAUCCAUAAGCAACCUGGCUCGUGGACAAUUCCGGCUAGGAGGACACGACAACUCAACGGAAAAUGGUGGAAUUCCUUGCGAUUUAAACUCUAAGCUUCUACAUCUCGCUUGGCAUCCCACAACAAACUUGAUAGCUUGCGCAGUUGCAAAUAGCCUGUACUUGUAUUACAACCCCUAAUUCUUCUUUAUAAAUUCUGCUAGUACUACUACUUACCAUUGUGCUUGAAGAAAAGCACCUUGAUGUAGUUUUCAGUUGAUCUAUUUUUAGUGAAGUUAAGCUAUUUCCAACACGACGAUCUAUUUAUUUUUAGUGAAGUUAAGCUAUUUGUAACACGACGAUCUAAACCUGCGAUGAACCGUAGGGAACCGUAACAUUAUAUGCCUCUGGGUGCGAAUCUAUACAUAGUUAGGUGCGUGACCCAACGGGCACUUACAUCAGAGUUUUUUGUUGUUGUGAUAAUGACUUUUGGGGUCAAAUUAUUUCUCUAAUGACAAGCUCUUUACCAUGAGAA